CUUUCUUCUACUAAGCGGAAGUAUAACGAAUUUGAUGUAAGAGCGGCAAAUCGAGCUGCUUUGGGACAAAUCCCAAGCGUUUUUCAACCGCACAAGCAACCAAAAAGCGGUAGCUCUACAGAUUCGUCCUCAUGACGCAAUGUAUGUGGCCUACCAAACUCGUCCCCACAGCUUCUACUCCUCUUUUUAAGACCUGUGCUCUGAAUAAAUGGGGCUUCACUCGGCUGAGGUGGUUUUCUCUCUGCUGACCAAGCAAGCCGCCCCGCUUCCAAAAUGGUGAUAGGACGCAAACAAGGUACACUUACUUUUUCAUUCAUAGCGAUCAUCUUCUCAGUAACCUUGUCAGACAAAUGUCAAUCAUGUUUGUACUGUAUCUUUUGGGUUUACUCGCAAUCCUUUGCAAAGCAUCUUCGCCAGAUUUUCCACCGCAGAUGUCUAGAAAAAGAAACAGUCCACCGUUAGAUAUUGAUUUGAAUAUGCCACCUGCAAUCGAGUCGUCACAUGCUUCUAUGUCUACCAAUCGUCCAAAGACUGUUAUGGAAGGAGCCGAAGGUACUUCCCAAAGGAAGAAAAAAUUCAGGUCACCACAAGCCAUUGUUAGCAAGCUGGAACGAGAUCGAGAAUAUAGAGCAAGAUUCAGCAAAAAGAAAGUCAAUGAGGUACUCCCAUCGCUGAACGAGCAACAGAAAAACAAGCUUCUCGCCCUCGCUGAGAAAAAACGAAUGCAAGCUAGAGUUCGUCAACAAAAGCAAAGAGAUUUACGAAAAGAGCGUAUAAAGAAUGGCCAUUCAACCGAAAGAGAUGCUGUCAAUAUGGAAAAAGAUAGGACUCGCAAGAGGAUGGAGAGAUCAGCGCCUUCAAGUUCUGAGACUCAAAAUUCGAAAAGCACAAACAUUUAA